AUGCCGAGUCAAUAUUGCCUGGAACCAGUUGUGUCAUUCGAUAUUCAGAAUUCACAAGAUUUGCAGUUGGACCUGUCAAUAACUCUGGAAGCCUUCAGGUUUCGCUCCUGUGUGAAAGUAGUGAAUGUUCCAUCCAUAGAUAGCAGUGCAGAUCAUUUACUCUUCUCGUUUUAUCUCAGGGAUAUGAAAACACAAUACGAAAUGUGGAGUUCUAGAAAGAUUAAAGUAGAUAAGGUCACUGGUCCAAUCGAAACCGAAAACUUCCCAAAUGUGAAGUUCAAGGUUUUGAUAGGUUCGUCCAGUCAGGUCCACGAUUUUACUCUUGUAGAUCUGCCUUGCCUCAAUCCUUAUGACUAG